AUGAAUAAUAACUUAUUAAUAAUAGUAUUUUUUUCUGCUUGGACUCUACUAUUUCUAUUGAUUUUAUUUAUAGGAUAUUUGCUAGAUAAAUCAUAUUAAUUAGCAUCUAUAAGUCCAUAAACAAAAAGUAUAACUCCUUCAUGCAGCCUCCUUACAAUUAAUCCAAUUAUGGUUCCAAAUGUAUAGAAACAGCAAGCAUUUAGAAAGGGUGAUGAAGGAGUCAAUAUUGUAAUCAAUAACUAAGGAUAAUAAAAUCAAUAAGUUAAUUAAGAAAAUGAACAAGUUAACUUAGAUUAAAAUGUAAGUCCAAAAAGGAGGUCCAGUGAUAAAAAGUCUCCUACAAGAUCCUUAAAGAAAUUUUAAACACAACAAACAAUAGUAAAGAAACUUAAUAUUGGUACUUAUGAUGGAAUAGAAACAUUAUAAUCAACUAAUAGAAAAAGUGUAAGAUCACGUCCUUCAGUAGUUAAUAGUGAAAGGAAUAGUGUUUAAGCAUAAUCUCCAGGAUAAAGAAUAAUAAGUACUCCUAGAAUAUCUUCAGUUUCUAAUCUCUAAAUAAGUGGAAAAUUACUUGUAGACUCUAUUUAUAAAAUUCCUAAACCAUUAAAAGAUUACUAUGUAAGAUAUAGUAAUAACAUUAGAAAUGCCAUUAAAUAUCUAAGAUAUUUUUUACUCAUAAAGAUGGAAUUUCAAGAACUUUUAUGACUUUUUAAAUAUAUUUUAGAUAAAUAACUUGUUUUGAGAUUUGUGGAAUAUUAUUAAUUUAAACAUAAAAUCUAUCAUUUUAUAUAAUUAUAGGAGCAACAUGUGGAGGAUAUGUAGUUUUAAAAAUUUUGGAUUAUCAUUUGAUCAAGAAAAUUAGCAAAGGUUCAUGGGUAUUAACAUUAAAGAUUAUUAAUUAUACAUUUUGGUUAUCCAUAUUAGCUGUUUUAAUAUUUGGUAUAAUUUGGUUUGAAAUCAAUAAUUUAUUAUGCAUUAUAUACUAUUUACCUGCAUUAAUUAUGGAAAUAAUAGUGGACCCUAUUAGAUAUUUAAUAAUAAAAUACUGUUUAGCAGAUUCAAAGAAGGGUCAAAAUUAAACAUUAAAUUAAGUUAAUGUGCUUAAAGUAAUGGAAUAAAUUAAAUGA